UACAUUUUCUUCUUGCAACAGCUCAAUCCUUUUAUUUUAAAGGCGGAAUUUGCUAAUGGGCGAAUGUUUGAUUUGUUCCGAUUAUUAUUUUUUAAAUUAGUCAUUAUUCCCACACCCAUAAGCCUUAUUUUUGACGGAAAUAAUAUUAAGAUAAGUUGAGUGCAUUAUCAACUUGCCAUAACUGUUCAUCAUGGCUCCUGUAAUGGAAGUGGCCUCGCUUAAGGAGAUCAUCGUGUUUUAUUGCGCCGAUUGGUUACUGGCGUGCAUCAAGCGACACCCAAGCUUCCUCGUCCGACAUAUUCAACGGGAAUACAUCAGGCGUCGCCUGAGUCCUUUCAGUCGACAGGAGCUGCUGUCUUAUGUGCUUUCUCUGCCAAUGGAAUCCGUAUUACCGAAGGACCGCAUCAAAAUUAUCGAAAUGCUCGGCGGUGAGAAGAUCACGAGCUUCGAUGCUACGCCGUUGGGUCGUCAGAAUGCGGUAGAUGUUAAAUACUUGUACCGUGCUUUAGCGGCCUUCCCUUCUUUAAACGUCACGCGGCUUGGAAUAAUUUGCCAACAAAUAAUUUUAUUAUACAAUUGUUAUACUGAGUUCAACGUGAACACCGACUUCUAUCCUACUUUGAGGAAAAUGUCCCAUUUGACAUGUGUAACUUUGAUAGCUUUGGGUGACGAAAAAGUUUUAUCUAUUCUUGGAUCUAAUUGCGAAAAUUUACAGUAUUUGGACAUUUCGUUCUCAGAGAAGGUUAAUGACGCAUCCUUGGCAUGCCUUUAUUUAAGCCAUCCUAGACGAUUACCUGAGCUUUGGGAUGGACAACGAAGUUAUAUUGUCACCAGGUUUUCUAAAUGUUGCAAGAAAAUAAAAUUCCUUAACCUAGUGGGCACUUCGGUAACCGCUCAAACCAUUAACUUGUUGACUCAGCUGAUGCCAAAUCUGGAAUCUUUUGGUGGGUACCUCAGGAUGAGCGAAUUAUUUACAGCGCUAGCCAUGCCAUAUGUGGGAUACCCUCUGGUGAGACGGGACGGCAAUCCUGAGUUCUGCUUGUUGCUUGAAGUAUAUGAUCUCCAGAGAGGCGGGUGGCACAAAUUGUCAGUGAAAAAUCAGAAAAUUAUCGCCUCUGAACGAUUGCGAAAAGUCGCGUCUGCUGGAAGGAACAAAGAACCCUCUGGGAUUUUUGUGCCUCCGUCAUUGCCUUUGAAACUCGCCGAACUAACGAAUUUCUCACGUGAAGUAGAUCCGAAAGUUAUUUCGGUCUUGCAUGAUCUAUGCCCCCACGUUUAUGAACUACACAUACUGUCCAGCUCACUUCCUAAUUUGGCACAAUUUCAUGAUGUGAAGGUUCUAGAAGUCAGGUGUCAAUUUGUGCAAGGAUGGAACGUAAAUUUAAUCAAUUACUUGAUGCAACGCGGCUCGUCUCUGAAAACCUUGGUAACAUCACAAACAACUGAGGAAUUUAUUCCACUGUCCCGACUCCGAUCGGCUUGUCCCAACCUUGUUGAUCUCAAUUUGCCGAUAGAUACGGAAGACGAUAUAAGAUGCACUCUACCUCAGCUAAAGUGCGCUAAGAUUGCGGUUAGGUCUUGGAGCGUUUUCAAAUACUUUUGUCGGGACCAUACGCAACUCAAGGAACUCAAUGCCAUGUUGCGUUAUGGUGGAGAAAGUGAUAUCCCUGGGCAGACAACAAUGACCGACAGUUUCUUCAGAUCAAUUUUCCUCUCGUACUCCUUCGUUUAUCUUGAAAAAUUGAUCAUCUUUGGUUGUGAUUUAGGCGCAAGUACUUUGGAACUUUGUCUAGGUCCGUGUUUUCCGAGACUGCGCGUGCUGGGUUACGUGGAUCGAUGGAAAAACCUUACAGAGUCCCAACUAGCGCAUUACCGCCGUGAGAUCCGCGUAAGGAACUUGAAUCUAAAAUUGAUCAACUUUAAGUACGAUAAUGUUAUGAAUGGUUCGAUCGCAGAGGAUCUAAAACUCCAAUUAUGGUAACUAAAUCUUAAGACGAAUUGAACGUUUCACGAAUUAUUUUAUCGCGUCGAUGUAUUUCGUCCCUUACAAAUAUGAUGCAUUUAAUUAGUUUUUUUAAAUUAAGCAUCUCCUUACUUUUCUUUCAUUAGAUCAAUUAUUGCCACCAACCUAAUGCUCGAUGGAUAUUAAGCACAUGUUUAAAUAUUUUCACCAACGCGUUUACCCACAUAUGUAUCAAUUCUGUGGUUGAUCUUGGUUGUCUAUAAGAAUUUUGUGGAUAAAACACAAUGUUGUAUUAAUUCUGAAUGCGUCACUAUCUGGCAACGCGCGUUUACACUCUUAGACGAAAAUGGAUUAAUUGAAAUUUUUAACCCUCUCUCUGCGAUCGAUGUCUUUGCUCUAAAUGUUUCCUGUCAGGUUUUUAAUAUAUGACCGACGAAUAGUCGAAUUAUUUUAGUAUUAUUAUUUAAUAGCAGGUUUGAGAGGUUUCAUUGCUUAAAGUCGAAAAUGUGCGAAUUACUCUAUUCCUUAUUCAGUCGAAUUUUGCAUUAGAAUUGCAUGAAUAUUAAUAAAUACUAAUGAAAAUUUCUUUAUUUUAACGAUCUUGUCUCUGGAAGACUGUGCAUUUAAUAAAAUUUUUAGUACCUCGGAAGAGUUUAUUGACACGUCCACGAUAAUUUAGAAGAUUUUAUUUCAUAGAUUAAUAACAAUAAAAUGAAAUAAUG